UGCUUUCCUUAAGCGUAUAAUCCCCGCCCGCGCGGGGCAGUCCGUAACUAAAAAGUAAGUGAUGCCCAUUUCGCGCGGGAGCUUGGCUUAUGAUUCUGCAGUUGUCGCCAUUUAUGCUAACCAGCAAGAUGUCGACACUACUGGACCUCCCAAAGCCUCGAAUUAACUGCUCUAUGUUGUCCAACUAUAUCAACAAACCGGUGUGCGUCGCCGGGCGUGUUGAAAAGGUGCACCAAAGUGGAAAAAGCUUCACUCUUGCUGACGGAGAAGGACAAACUACUACAGUUGAGCUAAAUGACCCCCUUGAAGAAGAGCUGUGUGGAAUUGUGGAGGUUCUUGGAAUGGUGUCCAACAAGGGAGCUGUGAUGGCCACCACCUUCAACAUGCUGCGAGAUGAAAAGGGGCUUAUUCCUUUUGGUGUCUGUCCUCUAGGCUGGACUCUGUUUGAUUCAAACUGUUACAUCUACCAAAACGUUCCCAAGACUUUUCAGGCAGCAGAGGCUGCCUGCACCGCUCUUCAUCCUUCAGCCCAUCUGGUGUCCAUCUACACUGUUGAAGAAAACAAUCAAGUUAAAAAUCUGAUUACCGUCGCAGACCCCUGGAUAGGACUCAAUGACACUGCCACGGACGGUUGCUUUGUUUGGACUGUUGGACAAACCGUUGCCCUCCUACCCUUUGCCGACCAACUGCCUCAAAUCCCGAAUGGAAUGCAAGAGUGUGUGUACAUUGCACAAACUGAUGGAAAGUGGCACGCUGACACCUGCAAUGUGCUGAAGCCAUAUGUUUGCAAGAGACCAUAGCCCUAACCUAAUCAUACAAUACAUGAGUAAUCUAUGACUCUGUGUGCCACAUAUUGGCCAAUAAGCUUUUUCGAUCUGUCCUAAGGAACUUUCCAAAUACGCUUUUACCGACUUUAACGUUCAAUGCUAUUGAAUAAAUGCUUUCUGAAACAAGAGCGUGGGGGGUGGAGUCUGCAGACGAGCGCUUGUCAGUGACGGUGGAGGACAGACAAACAAGAUUUUUACGACAAAGUUCUGUAGAAAAUUUCCUUUUUAUGGGACAUUUGUGCGUUUGUUUUCUCGUUUGGCUGUGUUGUUUGUCGCAUUUUGGCUGUGUUUGUGCUUGAUGGCAAACAUGUCAAGGAGGUCAUGGUUGGGAUAUAAACAUACUCUUGAUGUUCAAUGUUUCAUUGUUCAUUUACACUCUGGCUGUC